ACCGGAGAGAGGACAAAAACAAAUCGGCAUCCCCGGACACAGCUCGAUACAAACAGGUGAGGGGGGGGACCCGAACCCAGAUCAGCAUCGGCACCGACUGACAGCACCGACGGAGACAUGGUUUCUCCGGUAUCCGUGGUCAAGAGUGAAGGCCCUAAGCUGGUGCCGUUCUUCAAGGCGACAUGCGUGUACUUUGUCCUGUGGCUGCCCACCUCCAGCCCGUCCUGGUUCAGCGCCCUGAUCAAAUGUCUGCCCAUCUUCUGCCUGUGGGUCUUUCUGCUGGCGCACGGCUUCAGCUUCCUAGGGGCUAACUCCAAUGCCCGCAAGAUCCUGGCCGGCCUCAUCUUCUCUGCUCUGGGUGACGCCUUUCUCAUCUGGCAGGAGCAGGGCUACUUUGAACACGGCCUUCUGAUGUUUGCCAUCACCCACAUCCUCUACUCAUCUGCCUUUGGGAUGAAACCUGUGAACGUAAACGCCGGCCUGGUGAUCGGUGCUGUGUCCUCUGUGAGCUACGUGCUGCUGUACCCCUACCUGUCCGGCCCCUUCACCUACCUCGUGGCCGUCUACAUCGCCCUGAUCGGCUUCAUGGGCUGGAGGGCCAUGGCCGGCCUGCAGCUGGCCAACGACGUGUGGACCUGGACCAAGCUGUGCGCCUGCCUCGGCGCCGUGCUCUUCAUGGUCUCUGACCUCACCAUAGCCGUCAACAAGUUCUGCUUCCCCGUGCCGCACUCGCGCGCCAUCAUCAUGGCCACGUAUUACGCCGCACAGAUGCUGAUAUCGCUGUCGGCCGUCGAGUGCCAGGACGUGAAGGUCGCCAUGAAGAGAUCGUGAGGUGCCUCGGCCCCUGGCAGCCAAUCCCCCCCUCAAGCCCUGAGUGAUCAUGGACACAUCUCACUGCCGGAUCCCCGACCCUCAGCCCUCAUCUCAGUGUGGCGCUCCCACAUCGCUGUUAUCACCACAACUGGUCCACUACAGCCUUCACACGGCUUUCACCCUACUGCUCUUCUAGUAUAUUAGUCUCACGCCGUCUUCUUACUAGAAGAUUGGGUAGUAUUAACUUCAGCCUCUCCCGACAACAGUCCUACCUGCUUCCUCAUGCUGUAGGAUCGCCGUCUCUCAAAACUAGUUACCACAGAGACAAGUGUAGUUAUAUUAACCUGCUAUAUAUAGAGUAUUACUUUACUUUUAACAGUUGUGUUUAAAAUUUAAGGGCAGCAUGUCAAUGGGGACCUUCACGGUGCGUGAGAGUGACUUUACGUAUGUAUGUAUGUGUGUGUGUGUGUGUGCGUUUAUUCAUUUGAUUAACACUUUUACCUCGCUUUCCGCACAACCCUAUCACAACACACUCAUCUAUUACAUGUGGUCCAAUAAUGCAAUUCAACAAUCCUAUUUUUCUCUUUUGUUUAGAUGCCUGAGACCUUGUUAGAAAGGGAUUUUUAUUUGAUUUUACCGUCACUGCCCGUGUUCUGUCUCCGAAGUGUUUCCCUGAAUUAAGGGUGCUAUUCUUAAAGUCAGGAGCAUAUCCACACCUGUUAUAUUAUCUGCUUCUAUUUCCUUAACGAAAGCCCCACUGCCUUUGUUCACCCCAUUAUUUAAUCACUUCUACACCCAGAUGAAUUAUUGUUCUGUUAGGAUGUGCAGGAGAAGAACGAGAGAGAUUAAAUAGGGCAGUAAGGUAGGGGAAGGGUUUUUUCUUGAAUGCAGCAUCCACUGCGUAUUGUAGCUCUGGUGCAAGUUGGACGAGGUGGAGGAUGUUUAUGGAAGCUCCAUUGUCGUAGAGAGAGAACCCAGUAGACACCGUGGCUAUAGCCGACCAUGAACACAUUGUACAGUGCACCUGCUUCUCCUCUUAGUGGGAAGUCUUUCAGGCUUUUUACGCCCGACACCUACAGAUCCUGCUGCUUCACUUAUGGCAAAGUUCGCAGGGUUCUCACCGCGGAGCGAGUUCAGCCGAGCCGUGUUGUCAUUGGCUUUGGACCAUGUUGUUGAGACUGAAAUGAAAGGGCUAGGUUACAGGCCAGGUCCCUGUUUGUUUAUCAAACCUGCGUGUGUGUGUUUUCCAGCAUGAUUUACUCACACAGAACCACACACAAACAUGAACGUCGCCUCGGGUUCAGCCUGACAGAAAGAAAAAAUAGAUUCUUGUCAUGUGAGGGAAUAGUUAUCUCAUUAUUCCUAAUAAUUCUCUCUCACUGGGCACUUCAUCAGCUUUAAUCCGGCAAAAUCCACCUCAGGGAAUCCCCCCUGACAGCCUGGCUUAUAAUACUUUCUUUCAUCUCUCACACAUUUUCCCCUCUCUCACCUUUCGUGUAUUAAUUAUUAUUUGAAAACUUACCGUAACUCUUUCUUCAGACGUCUACAUAUUGUAAAUAAUUGUCAUGAAUGUGUGUGUGUAUGUGUGUGUCUGUUACCUUAGUCUUAGCUGUUCAUUGAGCGUCUGUGUGUAUUUUACAACCAGUCAAAACCAACUCAAGGCCAGAUAUGCUGUGAAGCAUCAUAGCAUCUAUGGAGUACACAGACUACUAGAUAUCAUCAGUGUGUUCUCUUCAUUUUAUUUAAAUAUAGCUCCCUCUUGACCCUGUCCAUCCUAUGAGUAUAUACCACUAUCAGAUUAAUAACAAGUUAAUCAUAUUCCAAAUGCACUGUAAUGCAUUUAAAGUAUUACCUACUAACCAAAAAAUAACAAAGUGACAGGAUUUGUUUGCAUGAUUCCAAAUGGACCUAUACACGUUAUAUAUUAUGCACGAAAAAGAAGCUGAUUUGGUUAUGUGUCAUUUGGUUCCUAUUAUUUGUUUUUGUCUGAAGGGUCAACGACCUCAGAAGCUGUUGCUAACACACCCGCAUAUAUAUGCACACAAAGACAAAACAAAGAUGUAGUUGUGCAUCAUGUCAGCCACCAUGACCGAUCUGCAGGCAGAUAAUGGCGUUGACACUCAUCGAUUUAAAUUUUUCCAAGCAACACUUAGUCUGACGGAGAGAGAGCCAGACGUUGUGGUUGGUCUCAUCUGCUGCUUUGCCGCCCAGUUCCUCAAUCUCCUCUCGGCCUGUCAGCGCCACAUUUCUGCUUCGUCAAUCAGAGGUGUUGCAUCAGUCCGUCUGUGUUAGACCGCUCGUCUUCUGUUCCGUCUUUUCAUUUGUCCCUCUCAGCACUGCCGCAGAGCAACAGUGAUAAUUAUAACUUUAUUUGGAAAGCACUUGUCUAAACCAGGUUACAAAGUGUGUCACAAAACUCCAUGGCAAAAAAAAGGUAUGAACUAAUUUCAACUAAUCAAUUAAUUGCCCGAUUUAUAGAGAAGCCCAACAGUUCCCUCUAUGCAGCACUUUGGAGAGAGAAACUCCCUCCACUGCUGCAGCUCUUGCCCGUUUCUCACCUAAUGCACUUCCAUUGGCAGAAAUGAGAUCCGUCAACAUUUAGUGCAGGCCUAUAAAUCCAGGAGGGGAUGAGGAGAUUGAGUAGAGCAGUCGGACUAUGUGGGCAAUUCAUGUGAGCACUGCUGUCUUUGUCCUUUGCCACAUAAAGCCCCCCCCCCCCCCAGGGUUUUGUUCCUGUGGUCCAAUGGCCACGAGCCAGAAGAAAGGCUUAACAUCGAAGUAUUUCUGAGAUUAUUUUUACACAUUGGAAAAUCUCCAUGACUUUGCAAAGUCCGCUUGCUGUUCCGAGGGCGAUGGAUGAUGAGUGGUAGCUCGUUGAGCCAGACGAUUAUCAUGCCGAGGUGGAGGAUUUGGCUUUUUAAAUCCACUCUGUUUCUCCUCCAUUGUUUUUCUAUUCUUAUUUGACUUUGGGCCCAGACGACCGAAGCUGAGGGCCUUAGAGAAAACUGAUCUCAUUUCCCUGAGUGGAUCUGUGAGCGUUAGAGCCCUCUCGUGUAUCAGACCAGCUUUUGUCCCCUCACGUUGGUGCAGGAGGCUUUUUGUUUUUGCUCUUCCACUCAGGAAGGAGGUUAUUGUUGAGCGAUACUGUAGCUGGAAUUAGGUGAGGGGGUGAAAUAUGACACAUGGGGGAAGACUCCCUUUCCAUCCAGCCCAUGAGCUGCCGUCCUGCCCCCUCCCCCCACACACACACAUAUGGCAGGCCGGCAGUCGCAUCACUUCACCUCAGCUUGUUAUCAGCCCCUGUUGUUCUGAGCUUUGUGCACGCAGACAAAAGGAGACCUGAGAGAGCUGUGGGAGGCCGGCAUGCUGUGGCCGGAGCAGGAAGUGAUGAGCUGGAACCAGUAGUAGAGAGAGCCAGUGGUUUCACUCGGUCCUCCUAGGAAGUUGGGACUUUUUAAUUUGAUUUAAAGCAACACUAUGUGACUUUUACUCUUAUUUUUAAAGUUUUCUUGCUGAAUAUUGGUGAUAAACUGUUUUUUUAAAGACUUCUAUGUCAUUUUGACUGAUCUAAAGUUCAGCGUUACUUGUGAACUAGCUGGUCCUGAUUCUGACAAUUCAAGCGGCGACUAUCAGUCACUUCCACACUUCAUGCCCACAGUCACAUAGAGCAGGAGCAGACGUUCAGGGUGAGGAGGGAAACGAAGCCUCUCCACUGUCCCUGUCCCAAGUCAGCGAACCAUCGAACUAAUAUUGAAGCUGCUAUUUCAACGUGGAAAAAAGUUCCUUAGUGUUGCUUUAAAGUUUUCUCUCUGUCUUUGUGAUCUUCAACUUUAAAUCCUUUGCUGUUAAUGGGCUGUUUCCACUAUCCUGUAGCUAAUGACAUCCAAAAACAUAGAGCUGUAAUGUUUCUACAUCUUUCCUACGCAUGUCUCAUCUGGAGUGAUGGACUCGUGCACUCUGCACACACAGGUGUUUUUAUUACCAUGACUGACAGUCCUCCAACAUCAGUAUGAGCUCAUGAGAAGCGUGUCAAAUAAUGAUCUUCUCUUUGUGAUAUUACUCUCAAUCUUCUGUGAGUGAGGCCAGUCGAUCUCUCCCAUAAACUAGCAGCUAGUAUGAUUGUUAAGUACUGUAUUCUUUCAAGUAUAAACUCAUCUUUCCUUUAUUCUGUCUUCAAGAGGUAAAACAGACGAGACAUUUAAAUGACAGCGGGUUAAAGACACAAGAAAGUGACACAUUAAAGCGUGUGAGACUCAGCAUUUUACUUUAAAAGGCAUUCAUUGCUGUUUCAGUGUUACAAAAAGAAGUGUUAUCAUUUUAUUUGAAGAAAAAAGGCCCUUGUGUUGUUGUUUUUAUCCCGUCACUAUGAGAAAAGCUUUUGAUUGAAGUCCCAUUAAAAUGCAUCAUUCGACUUCAUUUCAUGAAUAAUAGAAGAUUGAAUUCUCUGAUAUAUUUUGCCUUGUCCUCGAUUUUCCCUUUGUGUUUUUUUUUCUUUCAUGAUUGUAGAGAUAAGAUACUUUCUUUGCUGUAGUGAAACUGCUCUGAAUGUGAAUAUCUAUUGGAGAAAUAAAUGCAAAUUGCAAUGCAACUUC